GCAGGAGGAAGGCUGUUGGUGGCCACAGUGGUAACAAGGACAGUUGGAGAAGAGUGAUCCUCUUGCAGAGAUGAUGAAUGGCCAAGGGAGAGUCAGUCCUGGAAGUGCAGUCCCUGCAGAAGAGAGAAGCUGCACCUGGCUGAACAUCUGGGUCUUCCUUAUUUUUGCCCUUGCAAUCAAAGCUGCUGUUGUGACCAUCUGCCUUGUGGCUUUACUUGAUGGAAGCUCUGGCCAUUACAAGAUUCUCCUCCAGAACUCUACAGAGUGGUAUUGUGUCCCCAGCAGUUCUGCAGAGAAAGUGGAUGGCUGGAUGUGCUGCCCUAAGGGCUGGAGAAGGUUUCAAGGAAGCUGCUAUUUCCUGUCCCCUGACACGAUGUCAUGGCCUGAGAGUGCACAGAACUGCAGUGGGAUGGGCUCCCAGCUGGUGGUGAUCAACAGCAAGGCAGAGCAGGAGUUCCUUUUCAACUUGGCAAAAGAAAAAGCUACUAGAAUCUUUGAAACAAAAUUCUACAUAGGCUUAGCUGCUUACAAAAAUGGGAAGUGGCAAUGGGUGGAUCAGACUCCAUAUGAGAAUACAGCCAUGUUCUGGAAGCCUGGGGAGCCAAAUUUACUCUUUGCAGAAAAAUGUGCUGCAAUUCAUGUCAAGGGAAACACAGACCCCAACACUUACAGUAACUGGAAUAAUGUCCUUUGCAUCACAAGUUGCUAUCGAAUUUGUGAACAGGCAGUCAAACUUCUCUGAGAAAGGACAUAAAAUCCAAUCAUCAAAGUACCUCAGUUUCCAGCCUGUGCCCUUUCAUCCCUUUACAAGCUGGAGAUCAGUCCUGGAUGAAAUAGCUCAGGCCGAUGUCAAGGACUUACUGUGAACCUUUCUGCUCUCCUCCUUCAAAAACAAGGGUCCUAAGGGUUCUCCAUCACUUUCCUUGACUCCUGGUCCAGAUAAUAUCUCAAUGAUGUAGAAAAGGCCAUUAC